UAGCUACAAUCCAUAGCACUCCGUUCACUCGGUUUCAAACAGGCUAGCAAGAAGCGUGCUUCAUCUCCUGUUCUUGGCGUUAGCGCUGUUCUUAUUCUAGCGUCGCAAACACGUAGAGUUUUCUAAUUCAUCAUGGCAUCCGCUGAGCAUCUGAGCAAAGUGAAGUCAAAACUCAGCUCUAUGAAAGAGAGAAUUGACCAAACUGAAGACAGGGAACUUGAAGCAAAGGAAAAGCUACGAGAAGCAGAGGCACGGCUCGAAAAGGCCUUGGCUGAUGUGGAUUCUUUCAAGCGAAGGAUUCAACUUGUGGAAAUCGAGGCAAAAAGAACGAAAGAAACUUUAGACAUCAGGACUAAUGAGUUGGAGGAGAUAAAGCGACGUACGAAGAGCGAGGAGGAUGCAUGCAAAGAACUGGAAGUGACGGACAGAGAAAGCGAUACUAAGAUGAGUGAGAUGGAAGACAUGUUGGUUGAAGCCAUAGCCYGGGACAAAGAUGCAGCUAUAAAGCUUGCCGAAAAUGAACUCAAGUUCAAAGUCACUUCAAAUGAGCUGGAGAAAGCAAAUCAGAGAGCUGGCCAGUUGGAAGAGCGUGCCACUAUGCUUGAGAACCAUCUAACUGGGUGUGUGGAAAACAUGGCGUCGCUGGAGGAGAAGGAUGCAGCUGCUAGUGAGCGUGAGAUUGAAGGGGAAGAAAAAAUCGAGUUCAUUCAAGAGCAACUUAAAGCAAUGGUCUACCGCUAUGAAGAAGCUGAGCGCAAAGCCCCACCACUGGAGAACCUUAUCUUCCAGAUUAUGGAGGACGUGGAUAACUUCAAGCAGAAGAGGUCCGAGAUUGAAACUGAGAUGAAGGCGAUGGGAGAUUUAGUGGAAGAGGUGACUGGGACCGAGUGAAAACAUCACGAUGUUGACGAAGAUGAAGAAUAAACAAAUGGACGUCGUAAAUGGACAUUAAUUUCAUAAGGUUUACCUUUAAAUCAUUAUUAUUCUAUAAUUUAUCACUUUAAAAGUCAAAAUUGCUAGGUAUACUCGAUUAUGAUAUCUCAGGGAACCUACGGCCAUUAUUGCAACAUUUUAGGAAUCCUUUUUCAAGACAUAGUUUAAAUUUAUUUGAUUUUUCUUAAAUAACAGCAAUGUAUUGCAAUUAGAAAUUAUAGAAACUUUGUCCAUUUGGGGGAAAACAUUUUUUUUAUUAAGAUUGAGUGUAUAACGACGUUGAUUAUGUUUUAGUAUUAAACAUAGGGUAGACAAAUAUUUCCCAGUUACUUCUCAUCGCUGGCUGGCUAGCUAGCUGUAGAUGUCUGUCAAGAUUUUAAUGAUUCCGAGUUAACUAAAUCAUGAUCCAUAAAAAUAAAGUUGAGCUUGACAGAAUCUAAUGUA